CACGCUGAUCACUAGUACGAACGCGAACGCGAUUUUUGUGAUGGAUAAAAACAAAGUCCCGUUCAAAAAAUCAUGAAAACUGUGUAAAAAUGCAGCAAAUGCAACCCAAAAUCAUAACUAAAUUUUGCAUUGAUUAUCAACUAACAAAUUGGAGUGCAUAAGUGGUGUGAAAAAGUAAAAUUAAUUCGAAACGGGCAAACAAAAAGGUAUUAAAAUUAAAUGAAAGCAUUAAAUAGCACUUGACAACUGGAAUAUUGAAAAGUAACAAACAAACAAAUAGAACAACUAGAAACAACAAAUAAAAAACCGCUCAACAUUUCGCCUUUUACACGAAAAACUUGAGCGACGAAAUUAAAAAUUGCACUUCACGUAAAAACAAAAAGCAAGCAAAACAAAACAAUAAUAGCAACAACAACUAGCGGAAGAAGCAGAGAGUCACACAAAACAAAACAAAUAUCCAUCCAGAGCAACAACAAGAACAAGAACGACAACCCUUUUCUAAAAACAAAAAAUUAAGAAAACAAGACAAGCGCGUCGCACAUCGAAGAAGUCCAAUCAUCAAAGAUAAAAGGAGAAAGGCAAAAGCUCUCGAGAAGACUGCUUGAAAGCUCUUCACCGAGCUAGAGGAACAGUCGAAGCUCACGCGAAGACUGCUUAAAAAGCUCACCACCCGCGCGCUCCACCCCCAGCUUCAACCUGGCGAAUCGCAACGGCAGCAACAACAACAACAAUAACAGAGCUGAUGCCUCUGCUGGCGGCGCAGCUGGCGCCGCUGCUGCUGUAGCCGCCGCAGGUCGCAACAAUAACAAUAAUAAUGCAGCUGCCACCGCUGGUGGCGGAGCUGCUGCUGCUAAUGCUGCAGGCGCUGGCGCCGAUGCAAAUGCUGCUGGCGGCGGCGGUGGCAAUGAGUGGAAUCCUGAGGAAAUGGACCGUUUCAGUUUUGAUGAUUCGAUACGCUUUGAAGAGGAUUCACUAUGCAGCUGGAGUUCCGAGGCGGAAUCAUUGUGCAACAAUUGGCGUGGCUGGAAGAAGCCAACCAAUGGCACUGGCUUGGCGGCGUCUGGUGCAGUGAAUGGUGGAGGAAUCGCGUCCAUCUCAGGUGCCACACAGAGCAACAGCAGUAAUGGCGGUAGCGGCUCCACAUUCGGCACAAAUGCAUGUGGUGGAGCAUCUGGUGGCAAUGGCAACAAUGGAAUGACCAGCGCAGGUGGGUCACUUGCGACUGGUGUCCAAUGUGGGCGAUAUUACGAAGUCUCGUCGCUUGCCGAGCUUGCGGCAAGAUGCGUGGCCUCAUACAUCCCCUUCGAGCUGGUCGAGCAUGUUUAUCCACCGGUGCCAGAGCAACUGCAAUUGCGGAUUGCAUUCUGGAGCUUUCCGGACAACGAGGAGGACAUACGACUGUACUCCUGUUUGGCCAACAGUUCGGCUGAUGAAUUCAAUCGAGGCGAUCAAUUGUUUCGAUGGCGUGCCGUAAAGGAUCCGCUGCAGAUUGGUUUUCAUCUGUCUGCGAGUGUUGUGAGCCAAACGCCGCGCACCUUUUUCAAUGUUGCCGUCACCUUCGAUCGCCGUCGGAUCUCGUCGUGCAACUGCACCUGUACCUCCUCCGCUUACUGGUGCUCCCAUGUGGUUGCCGUCUGCCUGCAUCGUAUACAUUGUCCUUUGGAGGUUUGCUUGCGUGCUCCAGUCUCGGAAUCAUUGACGCGUCUACAGCGCGAUCAGCUGCAAAAGUUUGCCCAGUAUCUGAUCAGUGAAUUGCCACAGCAGAUAUUACCAACGGCACAGAGGCUGCUCGAUGAGCUGCUCAGCGCACAGCCGACGGCCAUCAACACGGUCUGCGGUGCACCGGAUCCAACAGCUGGGGCAUCGAUCAACGAUCAGACCAGCUGGUAUCUGGACGAAAAGACGCUGCACAACAACAUCAAGCGCAUACUCAUCAAAUUCAUUCUGCCCGCGCCAAUUGUGUUUAGUGAUGUCAACUAUCUGACCAAUUCAGCGCCACCGGCGGCUGCCGAAUGGACUUCGUUAUUGCGUCCGUUGCGUGGCCGGGAGCCGGAGGGCAUGUGGAAUCUGUUGUCGAUAGUGCGCGAAAUGUACAGACGCUGUGAUCGCAAUGCCGUGCGCUUGCUUGAGAUCAUCACCGAGGAGUGCAUGGCCUGCGAUCAGAUGCUCAUCUGGUGGUUCCAAACGAAGCUGGCCCUCAUGAUGGGCUCACACGGUCACAGCGGUGGCAAACACUCCAAUACCCAUUCGAAUUCGACAGCGUUGCAGCAUGCGUGCAGUUCGCUGUGCGAUGAGAUUGUCGCCCUCUGGCGUCUGGCUGCUCUCAAUCCGGGCCUCGCACCCGAUGAGCGUGACAUGUUGCAUGCCCAGUUUACGGCCUGGCAUUUGAAGAUAUUGGAUCGUGUGGUCAAGAGUCGCAUGAUGCCGCCAUCGUAUUCGAACAAGCAUCAACAGAACUCACGUUCCGAGACGGAGCUCUUUAUUGGUUUUAAGCCAGCGAUUGAGGCAUGCUAUCUGGACUGGGAGGAUUAUCCCAUAGCGGGUGUGACGCAUACGCAUGAUACCAAUCCCAUUUACUAUUCGCCCUUCACCUGCUUCAAGCACACCGAUGUCAAAGGAGAACCGGGCACCGGCGCCGGAGCGAGUCAACUGAAUGCUACACAGGCACUGAUGAGCAACAAUAAGCACUACAAUUAUUUCAGUGCGUCCAACGAUCAUGGGCUGCAUGCGAGCGCCUUUAAGCAGCGACCCGAGCGCAGUGGCUAUCGGGAACGCUUCGAUGCGAGUGGCGCCGAAUUGUUUGGCUCCCCCUCUGAGCCGCCGUCCAUAAACGCUGUGCUGAUGCUAGCGCGUGUCAAUGCCGCCUGUGGCAUGGGCGUUGAUCGCGAUGCCAUUACGCUGGCCGCCAAUAGUCAGCCGACACAACAGCAGCAGCAGCAACAGUUGGCCAAUGUUGCUGGCGUGGCCAAUGCCAAGGCAAAUGCAGCGACAGCUGGAGUUGGUGGCGGAGGUGUUGCCUCAGCGCCAGGAGCAUCAACAGCAACCGGCGGCGGUGGCGGUGAUGGCAAUCGGUCGAGUGCCAGCAGCGAGGGAUUCUGUGAGAAUGAUGAUUUCGGUGGCGACAACAGCAGUAGUCACAACUAUUGCACCGACCGCACACCGAAAGUGGUGGGACAGAAAUCGUUAACGGAAUCCGAUUCACAGAGCAGCUUCGAUGCCGUCUCACAGCAGAGCAAAGACGCAGUCACAAGCAGUCCAGAUGAAGCUGGCGUUGGAGCCGCAGUUUCAGCUGUGCCGUUGCCUGUGCCUGGGACACCAGACUAUCGACAGCAGACGAGCUCCACAUCGGAUACAUCGUCUGCGUCAUCGGCAUCGUCGUCUGCAUCGACCGCCUCCGGCAGCAGCAACAGCUCCACAUCGUACAUGCUCAAGUCUGUGGCGGCUGCAGCUGCAGCAGUAGCACAGCAGCAACAGCAACAACAACAACAGCAGCAGCAGCAACAACAGCAGCAGCAACAGGUGUCGCGUCGUCUGUCUAAGGAUGAAUCGUUCAGCAGCAGCAGCGAUGAGUUUGUGGCACAGGUGGCGGCAGCUGACGUUAAUGCGGCCGUAGCUGCAGCUGCUGGCGAGUUGACGCCAGUGGCAAGUACAUCGGCAGCAGCGCGAGCGGCGCUGGCAGCGAAAGCAGCGCCAACAUCAGCAGCAGCAGCAGCAGUUGGAGCAACAACAUCAGCAACGACAGCAACCGGAGGAGCAGCAACAACAGCAGCAACCGGAGGAGCAACAGCGGGAGCAGCAGCAACAGCUGGAGCUGCUGCAUCAACCUACGCUCUGCCUGCCGUUGAGCUGCCCUGCAGCAGCAGCAGUCUGGCCGCUCGCGGCGUCGCCCUCGCCAACGAGAAGCCGCACAUCUUUUCGAAUGUGCGUCCCUCAGAGGAUGCCUGGGACAUACUGCUCGCCCGGGCGGAGGGAUUGCAUGCGCAUGGCCACGGUCGAGAAGCGUGCAUUCUGGCCGUGCGUCUCGCCGAACAGAUGCUCGCGAAUCCGCCCAACCUGCUGAUGGAGUUGCCGCCAGCGCCGAAGCGGAAGGGGAAAAAGCAGAAUGUGAAUCCCAUCUCGCAUCAGCUAACCGUGGUGGCAUCCUCGACGCUCUCCAAGUGCGCCUUCCUCUGCACCGUGCUGUCGGAGAACUCGGAGCAUUAUCACAUCGGCUUUCGCAUCUGUUUGUUUGCCCUCGAAAUGCCCCGACCGCCCGCCAGCACCAAGCCGCUGGAGGUGAAGCUUGCAAACCAGGAGGCGGACAUCUUGGCGCUGCUCAAGCGCUUGCCGUUGGGUGUUGCUGAGUUGCAGGUGAUACGCGAACGCGCCGAGCAAUUGCGCAGUGGCACGUUCAAGACGCGCGGCGAGGCAUUGCUGCCGAUCAAUCUGGCGACGUUCAUCUUCGAUGCACUCGUGACGACCGCGUCGGCAAAGUUCCCCUCAAAUGCGGCCGCCGAGUUGGCGGGCAUGACACGGCGCUCCAAUCCCGCCGUCUUCAAGCAGCUCAGCGAGGAGAACAUGGGCUUCGAGGCGGCUGUGGCGGCGCUGGGACUGAAGGCGAAUGUCUCCGAGGCCGAGCAUCCGCUGCUGUGCGAGGGAACGCGACGACAGCGAGGCGAAUUGGCGCUCACACUGCUCUCCCACUACAAGGAUGAGCCGCGUAAGAUAGCCAAGAUUAUGGAGAAGCUGCUGGAUCGUGAGAUACACACGCUGCUCAAGGCGCCACUGUUGCCCGCCUACUAUUCCAGUCAUCCGCCAGUGCGUACGCCCAGCAGCCAGCAAUCGUUGCGACGCGACGAUCACGAAUAUGGAGGAGCUGGCUCGAGUGGUGCAGGUGGAGCUGGUGGCAGCGGAGUGGGCGGCAGUGCACCGUUCAAUCUCUGCGAGCUGCUCCCCAAUGACUAUGGCAGCGUGGGCGGCAACAGUCGGCCGCACAGCUCGACCAGCGCCGAGCUGGAGCUGAGCAUGUGUGCGCUGAGCAUGGCCAGCAGCAGCAAUCAGUCGUGCAGCAGCAAUAAUGCCCAGGCUCCAACGGGCCUUGUGCCUUGCCAGAACAAUAGCGGCAGUAAUAAUCCUGGAGCAGCAGCAGCAGUCGGAGCAGUUGGUGGUGCCACUGGGGGUGCAGCAGUCGGAUCAUCGGGUGCCCCUGCUGUUGGCGGCACAUCCAACAGCGGUGGCAACAGCAACAAUGCCAGCGGCAACAACACUGGCAGCGGCGGCAAUGGCAACGGCAACAAUCCAACAAACAGCAGUCGCAGCAAGGAGAGUCGCUACAAGGGCAAGCGUGCGUAUCCCUCGAUACCCAAUCAACCGUCCGAGGCGAGCGCCCAUUUCAUGUUUGAGCUGGCCAAGAAUGUGCUCAAUAAGGCCGGCGGCAACAGCUCCACAUCGCUCUUCACACAGGCGAGCACCAGUCAGAAUCAUCAUGGCCCGCACCGGGCGCUCCACAUGUGCGCCUUUCAGCUGGGUCUCUAUGCCCUGGGACUGCACAAUUGCGUCAGUCCCAAUUGGCUAUCGCGCACCUACUCGUCGCACGUCUCUUGGAUCCUGGGACAGGCAAUGGAGAUUGGUGCGCCGGCCAUUAGCUUCCUGAUUGACACAUGGGAGGCGCACCUGACGCCGCCCGAAGCAGCGGGCAUGGCUGAUCGUGCCUCACGUGGCUGGGACAGCAACAUGGUGUAUCCGGCUGCCGAAUUGGCGCUCUCCGUGCUGCCACAUGCGGCCGCACUCAAUCCCAACGAGAUACAGCGCGCCAUACUGCAGUGCAAGGAGCAAAGCGAUCUGAUGUUGGAGCGUGCUUGUCUCACAGUCGAAACGGCGGCCAAGGGUGGCGGCGUCUAUCCCGAGGUGCUGUUCCAGGUGGCACGCUACUGGUAUGAGUUGUAUACGCGCAAUGCGCCCAACAAUAGUGUCGCUGACUAUGAGCAGCAUGACGAGCAGCUGGAGCAUUCGGCGGUUAGCCUGAGUGCACUCAUCGAGUCCCACGAGCUGCAGCAGCAGCAGCAACAACAGCAGCAGCAGCAACAACAGCAGCAACAACAACAACAACAACAACAACAGCAGCAGCAGCAACAGCUGAUGAAUGCAGCGGCCGCGGCAGCUGGAGGCGCAGGACCUCUGCCAGGACCUCCGGUGGUCAGUUCGGCGCCGCAGCCCUUCCAGCCGGGCGUGGCGACGUUGGCGCCCAUUGGACUGGCGCCAUACGGUCCUUACACGUUCUGCCAGAGCAUCUAUGCACACCAUCACAAUCUCAGCUAUCCGCCCGGACAGAUGCAGAUGUACAUCUCAGCUGGUCUGCCACCGCCACCGCAAACGCUGUACACGGGCUAUGCACAACAACAGCAGCCGCCACCGCCGCCUAAUGGGCAGCCUAGCCAUGGCCAGCAUGGGCAGCCGCAGCAAGCGUCUCAGCAGCAGCAGCAGCAACAGCAGCAACAACAGCAGCAGCAGCAACAGCAGCAGCAGCAACAACAGCAACUGGCUCCACCCAGUGUGGUGCAUGCAGCGCCGCCGGGACAUCAGCCACCGCCAGCGUUCCAGGCACCACCGCCAGGCGCAUUCCAGUCUCUGCCGCCGCAAGCGUAUCAAUCACUGCAGCAGGGUCCGCCCGGACCGCCCAUGGGACCCAUGGCGCCGGCCUACUACGGUCCACCGCCGCCACCACCGCCCAAUGGGCCACCCGGUGGAGUGGGUGUGCCAUUGCGUCAGCAUCCUGGCCAGCAUCCGGCACAGCAUCCGCCGCAGCAUGCAGUGUACCCGUUCAUGCAGCAACAGGCGCCACCGCCGCCGCCACAGCAACAGCAGCCGCCGCCAUCGCAGCCGCCAGUGCGCCAGCGGCAACCGCAACAUCAAUUCUCACCGACACAAAUGCGUUAUCUGCUGGUGGCCUACAAUGUGGGCAUGCUGGCCAUGGAGACGUUGGCGCGACGCGUCCACGAUGAUCGGCCGCAGGCAAAGUACGCACGCCAUCCGCCCUAUGGCGAGGAUGUCAAAUGGCUGCUGAGGAUUAGCAAAAAGCUGGGCAAUCAGUAUCUGCAUCAGUUCUGCAUUUGUGCAGUCAACUCCAUUGUCAGUCCGUUUGUGCUGCACGAUGUGGCCAUCGAAUCGGCGCACUAUCUGGGCCGCAACAAUCAUCAGCUGGUCAUGCAACAUCUGCGCUCGGCUUUAAUGCCACUCGUCCAAAAGUGUCAACAAAUGUACAUCCAGUGCAUACACCAGAAGUUGUACCAUCUGACUCAGGGGGACUACGAGGAGUUUGUCAGCAUUGUGUUUGCCGCGCGCGCCGCCUUCCACAUCACCCCCGAGGGCAGUGCACAGUUCAAGGAUUGGCUGCAGUCGAUCAAGCGCUCAAAGUCGUGCAAGAAGGAACUCUGGACACAGAUUAACGCGGCGCUGCAAACAAAUUCUAAAUGACAAAGACUUGACUCUUGCAAUCUGAUGACAGCAUCGUCGGCAGCAGCUGCCGCCGCCGCUGCAGCAGCAGCCGCG